UACACCGAACCCGGAAACUACUUGACAACUUCAGCAACCUUUGCCACAAUAUUCUUGAAGCGAAUUAGGAAAACAAUAAAGAUGGAAUACUAAUAUAUACUAACAGGAAAAUAUUUGUAGUUGUCAAUCAAGUGCAAUAUGCGCUACUGCGCCUCGGUGGGUGUUUUUGGUUUGUUUUUCUGUGGGGUCCUAUUGCGUGUGUCUAUGUCUAAACAAGAACCCGAAACGCCAGACUGGCGAAAGACUUUAAAAACAAUCCGUAAUGGAGUUCACAAGAUUGAUACAUAUCUAAAUGUUGCGCUGGACCUGUUUGGCGGCUAUGAUGGUUUGUGCCAAUAUAAAUGCACUGAUGGAUAUCAGCCAGCCCCUCGUCCUGGCUACAGACCACCGCCCCCUAACGGCUGCGGAUCUCCACUGUUUGGAUUCCAUUUUGACAUAGGAAUCCCAUCCAUGACCAAGUGCUGUAACCAACAUGACCGUUGUUACGACUCCUGCGGUCGUCAGAAACUUGACUGUGACGAACAAUUUCAAGACUGCCUUGAUACCAUCUGCAGCAACUUGCAACAGACUCUGGGAUUGGCCCAAGGGGUCCAAGCGUGUGAGUCCGCGGUGAUUUUGCUCUUUGAUGCAGUCAUGCAUUUGGGAUGUAAACCUUACCUGGACAGCCAGCGGGAGACCUGCAUUUGUCAGUUUGAGCUGUUGAAGGAGUUGUGACCAACAAAAAAACACUGUGAACUGGGCUGUGAAGAGCAAGUGAUUAUCUAAAACACUGGAAAAAGGAAACUACAGCUUUUCAAACUUUAAAAAGUAUUACUCAGGGUUUAGUGGUGGGGUAUUUCUGGCAAGUGAAUGUGGAUUAUAAGCAUUACUUUAUUAAUUAUUUAUGUAUUUAGAUAAUAUUUGAAUUCUACAAAUGUGCAAUAUUGUUUAAAUCGAUUACAUUCAACUUAAUACAAAUGUUGUAGGACAAUAUCCAAUGGAAAACAGCAAAUAAAUGUUUGUGUGGAAAUACAAUUGUUGUCUUCCAGGUCAAUCGAUUGUUGUUCGACCAGGUAACUACAGUUAACUUAAUAGAUAAGAUUUUGAUUUUGAUAUUAAAGAUGACAUAAAAAUGAGAGUGUUAAACUGAACAUGCUGCUGUGUUACCGUCGCACCAAUCAGACACUCUGCCUUUAAAAACGAGCCAUCGUUUUAUAAAUUACAUUGUUAUUCAAUUAUUGGAGGGAUAUUAUCCUACACUCAUACCUCUACUGUACUGUAUCCUCCUCUUUUAUAGAGAGGUUGACCGUUUUAUUGACAAGUUUAUUUAAAAGUCAGCAAGUAAGUAACAAAGUUGCUGGAAAGAUCAUGGGGCACCCAUGAUCCUCCAGCUGUGUUCACUAUACGUUACAGGGCUCUCCUGUAGUAGUCAGUGCAGCUCCCGCCCCACACAGUGAUGCAGCUGGACAGGAUGCUCUCAAUGGUGUCCCGGUAGAAUGUGCACUUGAUGGGUGGAGUUUGAGCUUGAGUUUGCGGAGGAAGUAGAGCUGCCGCUGUGCUUUCUUUGCCAGCGAUGCAGUGUUGGUGGUCCAAGAGAGGUCCUCACUGAUGUGCACCCCCAGGAAUUUGGUGCUGCUCACUCUCUCCACAGCAGCACCAUCGAUGGUCAGUGGUGGGUGUUCGUGUUGGCAUCUCCGAAAGUCAACAACAAUCUCUUUGGUUUUGCUGACAUUCAAUAGGAGGUUGUUUUAUCUGCACCACGUCGUGGUCAGAAGGUUGACUCCUUCCUGCAGUGGCUCUCGUCGUCCUUGGUGAUGAGUCCCACCAGAGUUGUGUCGUCCGCAAACUUCCCCAUGUGAUUGGUGCUGUUGAAAUUACAUUGUUAUUCAAUUAUUGGAGGGAUUUAACUUGGCAACAGUCCCAUACAAUUGGAGCAGCAGUAAUUAUUAUAUUUACAAAAAAUUAUAAAUGAAAUACAACGUUGACUCUUUCAUAAAUGAUUAUCCACAUGACUUUAACUAUAUUGCUUAUACUUGAUCUAACUCCCCCCAUUCAGUAGGAGGUGGUUUUAUCUGCACCACGUCGUGGUCAGAAGGUUGACUCCUUCCUGCAGUUGCUCUCGUCGUCCUUGGUGAUGAGUCCCAUCAGAGUUGUGUCGUCCGCAAACUUCCCCAUGUGAUUGGUGCUGUUGAAAUUACAUUGUUAUUCAAUUAUUGGAGGGAUUUAACUUGGCAACAGUCCCAUACAAUUGGAGCAGCAGUAAUUAUUAUAUUUACAAAAAAAUAUAAAUUAAAUACAACGUUGACUCUUUCAUAACUUCACAACUUUCUAACUUACUUGCUGACUAUUAAAUGAACUUGGCAAUAAAACGGUCAACCUCCCUGUAAAAGAGGGGGAUACAGUACAGUAGAGGUAUGAGUGUAGGAUAAUAAUGUGUACCGUACAGUGAAGUCAGGGAAAAUCAUGGACAAUGCAGGAGGAAAGGACAAGGAAUCCAAGUUGCCAGCUCCCUUCUUUUUCUUUGUUCUUCAUGUAAAAAAAAAACUGAAAACUGCUGUAAGGUAUCUCUUUUUGAUUUUAUAUGUUGUUGAAAUAAAUAUAUCCAGCCUCCAAAGGAAUUGGAUUAAGACUUUUCUAGUUUCUCCUAUUCUUAUCCAUCCUCAAUGAACAUACCCCAGAAGCUUGUUGGGCACUAGCCUCUAACUUGGGAGAUUGUUAACAAGUGACUGCAAUUCUUCGUAGGAGGGAACAAGAGUUAUAGUCUCAUCUUAGAAAACCUUUGGAUC